AUGAAUGCUAGACGAGAGAACCGUAACAAUAGAGUUUCCCUUUUUGAUGGUAUCGAGGAGGGUGGCAUCCGAGCACAAUCUGUUUAUUCCUCCUCUCAUGAAAUUGAUGAACACGAUAAUGAGCAGGCAUUGGAUGGAUUGCAAGACAGGGUCAAACUGCUGAAAAGAUUGUCGGGUGAUAUCAAUGAGGAGGUGGAUAGCCAUAACCGUAUGCUGGAUCGAAUGGGGAAUGAUAUGGAUGCAUCAAGAGGAGUCCUUUCGGGCACUAUGGACAAAUUUAAAAUGGUAUUUGAGACCAAAUCCAGCCGGAGAAUGUUUACGCUUGUAGCAUCCUUUGUCGUGCUUUUUCUUAUAAUAUACUACCUCACUAAGUAA